UCGAGAUCCUACGUUCCCUUUUCGUUCUACCUCCUGAGGGAGACGACCUUCAUUCAUGAAAGGUAGUUUGCACUGAAAUACAAUACGUUUUUGCAACUGCUCACUGGUACUCCUUGCUGCAUUGGAAGCAGCGCAUUCAGUUUCCGUACAGAGUCGGUAUACGUGUUAUGUGUCGAUUAUCUACAUUUAUACUUAGCGCUUUGUAUGAGUAUGAGAGGUGUUUUGUUUGAAGACCAGGUAUUCCGAAAUCGUUACGGCCAUGAAUCUUUUGAGGGCAUCGUUGAAUACUGAGAUGAAGAGUUUAAAAUUGAAAUCGAUUUAAGUAGUACAAUAUCGGUAUGUUGUGCCCGUAGUACUAGAGGUUGAGGGAGACAUCGAUUUCACAUGCUUUACUCCGAUAACCUCUAUUCCCGCGAAAUGAAAUCAUCUUGUUGAUUGAGUCAAAUCUGCAUAAUCAAAACCACGAAGAUAAAAUUUUCUCAUCCAUCUCCUGAUCUUCAUCACCCUUUUGCCUCGUGAUGAACGCGCUGUGUUGCUAUGGUUCGUCUUCAGAUGCGCAUCAGACUCGCCUAGUUAUUACUAGGUAGAAGAUCCGUUGUGUCAGUUAGGGAAGACAGUGCAUUCACGACGACAGGCAAGUUCUCUUUGGGCAAGCUCAAAACGACUAUUUCCAAAUUUACUUCCAAGAUCAUGUUGCUAUAAGUGACUCGACUGUGCGCACUAAUAGGAUUGUUUGACCGCCACAGAAAAACUUAGAUCAUCAGGAAAUUUCCUAGCAUAUACGUAAGUUCAAUUUCAUUGCUGUGUUCGUUUCACGUCAGAAGUAUAAGAUAUGUAGAUGUCCUCGCUUAUUGUGUGAAAGAAUCUUUUUUCGAACACGACAGGGUUUUCAAAUUCAUGCAUGUAUGAAGUUGUUUUGCUGCAGUUGUGCAGUUUUUGUGAUUGAAGGUUUACGAACAAGUUCAUAGUUGUAUUUUAUCAACGUGCACUUCGUUGUCCACGCACACUCAGUGCGAUUUCGAAGGCGUACCCGAGAAUCGGUCUUUGGUGUUAAAAGUGUGAAACUUCUGAAAGUUCGACACCACGACCUGGCUGGUUGCAUGAUAUUAGUCUUUUUCGAAUACGACAGCCAUUGAUUCCCUGCAAGACACGUCGAUGCCCAGUAUGACUCGACGCAACGGUCUGAUAUUCUCCGACUAGCACCAGAAACGGUUUGGGUAGUGUUACUCGCUUAAGCGGCACCAGCAGGCGAACUUCGAUUCCGAGUCACACACGUAAAAAAGUACACGGAACCUCUCUUCGAUUCGUUACCUAAAGACGCAACAGCGAACGUCCUUGGGUCUUCGCGGUCGACGCGCUGUCGCCCUUAUCCAUCUUCAUCAACGUAGUCCACCUCAGUCGAUCGUUGUAGAAACGAGCAUAGCCAAGAUGCCUGGUGCUGUCGAGGGUUGGUUCAGCACGAAGGCCUUCCGCGGCACAGCGGAAGGUGUGUGGGAGCGCGUAUUUGGUUCUUCUGCCACGCCAUCUUCCUCCUCGUCUUCUUCCUCUUUCAAGCAGAGCAUGUACCAGAUCACCGCGAGCGGUCGGCAGAAGCUUGCUUCCAGACCCCUUAUCGUGAUGUGUGGACCCAGUGGCGCAGGGAAAAGCAGUCUGGUAAAGAAGCUGAUGAAGGAUUACCCAGGACAGUACGGAUUCAGUGUCUCGCAUACAACAAGGGCGCCAAGACCUGGCGAGAAGGACGGAAUCGACUACCAUUACGUCGCGAAGGACGUACCACUGUUAAUAUUGCUCUGAAUAUCGAUGUGCGCGAUGGUGCAUUCAAUACAUAGGAAGAUUUAUGUUGAGAAGACUUUCCUACUCUCGAUGCGUCUGAUCUAAAAAUUGAUCAUGCGAAAAAAUUUGUCCGUGAUCCUGAAGUAUCGGCUCGUCUACUGUGAAUGAAAAACGACCACACAGAUAAUGGAACAGAAGAUAGCGGCUAAGGAGAUGCUGGAGUAUGCACAUGUACAUAGCAACAUAUACGGCACGAGUAUUGAGGCAGUCGAGAGGGUUAUGAGGGACAUGCGCUGUAUCCUCGACAUCGAUGUGCAGGGCGUCGAUUCUGUCAAGGAGACACACAUGGACAGGUACCUCGUGGAUCUGCUUUCCGGAAAAUAAGGAUAUGUUUUUGUUGUUCGAGUUACAAGCAAAAGUAAUGCCUAAAAAGGAAAGAUGGUUAAGAAACAAGAUACAACUGAGCAUGCUCUUAAUUUCGCCUUUUCCCCUGACUUUGACUCACAGCCGUGCAUGCUACAUUUUCAUAUCGCCGCCUGAUCUGGACACUUUGGAAUCGCGACUGCGGUCACGAGGGACUGAGACCGAAGAAAAGAUACAAACUCGACUCAAAAACGCACGGAAAGAAAUGGAGUAUUUCCCAUGUUUAUGUAAUUGAAAUAGUAAAAAAACCGAGAUUGGUGCUGACAGUUGAUUCUAUUCCACCCUAGUUCUAGUUCAGACACAAACAUUCACUUUGCUAUUUUUUCUACGAGCCGUUCUCUAUCGUCUCUUCAUCUGUUCAGGUACAAGGAGAAAAAGGGCUUCUGGGAUAUGGUCCUAGUAAAUGAUGACCUCGAUACUGCAUACGCGUUGUUGAUAGAGAUACUCAAGCCGCACGAGGAGGAGAAAAAAUAGGAUCAGAUUUGCAACGAAGCUGCUGAGAUAUUGCAGUUGCCUUGUCAAUCGUCUUAGAACCUUGUUGUUCCGUCGCUCAGAAAAUACACACGGCGGGAUUCGUGAUUUUACUGAAUACUAGAGCAAUCAUAUAUUGCCUUCGAAGACAGACCCCCUCCUUUCCCCUUGGCAAGUCGUACAUUUGAAAAGUGAAAUAUCAGUACACGCAACUUAGUCGCAGCAAUCUCUCAUCUAUGUAUACUAUAAGAAGUAGUACUAGAACUAGAUGCGUUCAAAGCAACUCUUGAACAAGAAAAGGUGUGCCCGUGAGUCUUGUCUCUUUGCCGACGGUGUGUCUAUCUUUCUUUCGAUGGAAGAGAUAGGAAACCAGGGUUCGUCUUGCAAUUUGAAAUUGUUCUUGAUCAUUCAGUGACAGUGUACCUAUUCCACGCAUCCCAUACCGACAUUGAUGAUCGCGCGUCAUCAAGAUGUAUACCAACGAAAUGGUAGGAAAUCCAACGCAUUUAAAUUGAAAGAUCGAAUUUCAAGAAUUUGGAGUCAAGGACGCUACCUGCGCCAGCGUCCAUAUCUGAUAAGAUGGCACAGAAACUUUUCAAGCAACCCUCUAGUUUUGGAGCAGCG